AUGGCAGGGGCGCGCGGGCUGCUCUGCGUGUGGCUGAGCUGCGUCUGCGUGAGCCUGGCGCGAGCAGAGAGGCCGAAACAACAUUUCCCGGAGCUGCGCAUAACUGGGCCAGGGGAACGCAUGGCAGGUAGUGGCCUGGGCCAGGAGCUGCAGCCACACGACAAGGUGUCGGAGCACAUGCUGCGGCUCUAUGACAGGUACAGCGGCGGCAGCAGGCUCCAGGUGGUGCGGGCGCCAGGCUCCCGGGAGCGGGGCUCCCAGCCCGCGCGCCACCAGCCCCUGCGGGAAGGCAACACCGUACGCAGCUUCCGAGCCGGAGCAGCAGGAGCCCUUGAAAAUAAAGGACUACAUGUUUUUAAUCUGACUUCCCUAACCAAGUCUGAAAACAUUUUGUCAGCUACACUGUAUUUCUAUUCUGGGGAGCUAGUGAACACCAGCCUGAGUUGUCCAGUGUCUCAAGGAUGCUCACAUCAAGUUAAGAGGAAGCCCAUGCAGGUAGAUCUCUCUGCAUGGAUCCUCAAAUCUAACAGGAACCAAAGUCAGCUCCUUGGUCACCUGACAGUGGACAUAGCCAAAUCUCACCGAGACAUCACAUCCUGGCUCUCUAAGGACAUCACUCAACUCUUGAGGAAGGCCAAGGAAAAUGAGGAGUUUCUCAUUGGAUUUAACAUUUCCUCCAAAGGCCACCAGCUGCCAAAGAGGAUGCUGCUUUUCCCAGAGCCUUAUAUCUUAGUGUAUGCCAACGAUGCUGCCAUCUCUGAACCAGAAAGCGUCGUAUCAAGCUUACAAGGACACCGCAAUUUCCCGUCUGUUUCUGUGCCCAAACUGGAUAGGCACAUUAGAGCUGCCCUUUCUACCGAACGAAGGAAGAAACGCUCCACCGGGGUCUUGUUGCCACUUCAGAACAACGAACUUCCUGGAGCAGAAUAUCAGUAUAAGGAGGAUGGGGUUUGGGAGGAGAGAAAGCCUUAUAAGACUCUUGAAGCUCAGCCCACUGAGAAAAUUAAGAACAAGAAGAAACAGAGGAAGGGGUCUCAUCAGAAGAGCCAGACACUGCAGUUUGAUGAGCAGACUCUGAAGAAGGCAAGAAGAAAGCAAUGGAUUGAACCUCGGAAUUGUGCCAGGAGAUACCUUAAGGUAGACUUUGCAGACAUUGGCUGGAGUGAAUGGAUUAUCUCGCCGAAGUCCUUUGAUGCUUAUUAUUGCUCAGGAGCAUGCCAGUUCCCCAUGCCAAAGUCUUUGAAGCCAUCAAAUCAUGCAACCAUCCAGAGCAUCGUGAGAGCUGUGGGGGUUGUCCCUGGGAUUCCUGAGCCUUGCUGUGUACCGGAAAAGAUGUCUUCACUCAGUAUCUUAUUCUUCGAUGAAAAUAAGAAUGUUGUCCUUAAAGUAUAUCCUAACAUGACAGUCGAGUCUUGUGCUUGCAGAUAACUGGCAAAGAACUCACUCGAUGGCUUGAUUCAAU